AUGUUCGUUCCCACCAGCUACUCCCUGGGCCUGGUCAUGGCGCUUGGGGCCUUGAUCUGCUGGGGCAGCUGGAGCGUGACGCUGGUCCUCGCAUCCAAGGUGAUGCCCUUCCAGUUGUACUACGUCAACUUCACCCUGUCCUUCCUAAUCACGGGCUUCGUCGUGGGCUUCAUCGGGGGCACUUUUGGGUCCGGCGGCGAGCGCUACGACUUCACCACCCCGUACCUUGAGGAAAUUUCAGGCGUCGGACACUCGAUGGAAUGCAACCUGGCAUGGAUCCCUGCACCCAGGACGUGA